CCGGCGGAAGCUUCACCCCUUUCCGGCCUUGUCAUAGCAACACUGGUCACCGGGGAGGCGGGCAGAAGGACAGAGGGAGGCGGUUGCUGCAGGACAUGAGGUGCGGCCCCAGCGCUCGCCAUGGGGUCCCCGCUGUCCCACUUCGUUAGCGUGGCCCGCAGGCAGCGGUGGGAAGAGGAGGACGAUGACAUCCUGUGCAGCCGGGACCGCGAGGAGGACAUCGCCAAGUUCCCCUACGUGGAGUUCACAGGGCGGGACAGCAUCACCUGCCCCACCUGCCAGGGCACCGGCUGCAUUCCCACAGAGCAAGUAAACGAAUUGGUGGCUCUAAUACCAUACAGCGACCAGCGGCUACGCCCCCAGAGAACGAAGCUGUACGUCUUGUUGUCCGUGCUGCUCUGCCUUCUGAUAUCGGGGCUGGUGGUUUUCUUCUUGUUCCCACACUCUGUCCUUGUGGAGGACGAUGGCAUCAAAGUGGUUCAAGUUUGGUUUGACAAGAAGAACUCCAUUGUCAUUCUGGCCAUCAUGGCCACCUUGAAGAUCAGAAAUUCCAACUUUUACUCAGUUGCCAUAACCAGUCUGACCAGCCAGGUACAAUACAUGAACACCGUAGUGGGAACCCAGCAGAUCUCCAAUGUCACCCACAUCCAGGCACGGAGCGACCAACUGGUGAAUUUCACCGUGAAAGCGGAGAUGGGUGGGCCUUUCUCUUAUGUCUACUUCUUUUGCACGUUGGAGAAGGUCAAAGUGCACAAUAUAGCGAUCUUCAUGAGGACGUCCGUGAAAAUCUCCUACAUUGGUCACUUGACUCAGAGCUCCUUGGAAACGUAUCACUAUGUUGACUGCGGUGCUAAUUCCACAGCUGUCCAGGAUUCUUCGCGCAUGCCAACGUCAUCUAGCAUAGGAGGCACAACCAAAGCAAAAAGCACGAUCUGAAGACGUUCAAGGCAGCUAAUGCUACUCUCGGAAGUGACCGCUCGCACUGGCUUCCAUUCUGAUCUAAAUAGAUAUAGGAGGAGUCGCAAGGUAACUGUUCAAUGGAUGGACAAGGACCGUUUGUCUGGGAGAAAUGCAGGGUGAUCAGGAGGAGUCUGAAAGCAGGCAGCACUGCUCUACAUUGCACAUGCAACUUGACUGACCACUGACAAUAUGAAGAAUGCUUUGGGGAACGUGCCCCUUUGCGAUCCAGCCUGACUUGCCAAAAGAAGCUGAGCACCCGCUUCUGCCACAGUCCAACGUUUGGCUAGUGCUGCAGUGUUUCUUAAAGUUUUACUAACUUUGCAUUGUCUGGGGGGCAUUUGGAGAAAAGAUUCUGAAGUAGGCUUCAGGGUCUAUCUGCUGCCUUGGGGUAAUCCUAAGGGUUGAAUUUUUGCUGUUGCUUGUUUCAGUGUUUUGCUCUAUUUGUCCAGUAAGGAUGAGAGAGCUUGUUAGCAUAACUCCUUUGACUGCACCUCCCCCCACCCCCAGUCCCCCUUGUUCUGCUCAAUGUCUGCUCAACACUGCUGAAAUAGUCCAUGAUUCCUUUUGCUCAGGAAGGCAUGGUCCAUUUGGGAACUAUGCUACUGGGGCCCUUGAGUUUUUGUUCUCUGUAGAUGACACUUGCAUUCAGUCUUGGAAAGGGACAUAACUGAAGCCAUUUGGUGUUUAAACUUAAUCUAACUAGUGUCAUUCUCUUGCUGAUGUACAGGUUUGCUGUUGCCCUCUUUCUUGAGGCUGUUUGCAGCCUGUCAAAACCAAACUGCAGGAGCCAUUGCACUAAGAUGAGCAAUAAGAAUGCCACUCCAGGGGUGAUAUCCUGACUUCUUCCUUUUACAGACCAUAUAGUUCUUAGGUGUUUCUCCCUCACUUGUUUUGCAGCUGCUGCUCUAGAGAUAAGGUUCUGAGUUUUUGGGUGCAGCCAUGGACCUUGGACCUCAGCAGCAUUCUGCCUGCCUACCUGCUGCUUUCUCUAGUCCAGCAGUUUUUUUUCAGACCAGUUUAUUAAUGGUCAAUAUCUUGCCAUAAUACGUUUGUACUGUUGAAGAAGGGAUUUAGUAGUGCUGCCUAUGUGUGUCUCUAUCCUCUGUACUCAAGGUCAAGUGAAGAACCAUGUUUGAGUGAAUUUUCACUUGGGUUUAUUGGGAGUUUCCCAUUUCAUAUGUACAUUUUAAUGCAGUUUGUGUUGGAGGGUAGCAGCAGGGUGUGUUCCUCUUUGUAUUAAGGCCAGUAAAUCUAACACCAGGCAUUUCUGACACUAGACAAAUUCCAUGCUUUGUCCAUAGGACAGCAGAUUCCACAGUCUGCUUCUGACCUGGAUUCUUGCACUUUGUGAUUUCAGGGACCUGCAAUAUUGUUCAGCCUUGUAACUCUUGGGCUAAGUUAGUCUGCACCUUUCCCCUUGCUGGGGUUACAAGAGCUGUAAUGGGGAAAGAAAAGUGCAAUAUGGGCUGUGAAGGGAAUAACGUGUUUCAAUGAAAGAUUUUUUUUUUCCUUUUUUACGUGUGAAAUAAAACUGUUUUGUUUUAAGAAAAUUGCACUCAAAGCCUGGUAGAACUUACAGAGCUGAAUUCUAUUAAUUAAAUAAACUGACUUGUAUUUACCACA